CGACAGUGUACACUGUGAAAGUGUAGAGUUUACCGCUUAAAUAGCAGCGUUGUGAAAGCGGGAGGCUGGAGCAGUUCUGUCUGAAAGUUAAAGUGAUUUUCCAAAGGAAAGAGACGGUCACUGUCCCCUACCCUCGCUUGCAACUCACAAAACAGAAGGAAUUACAGAAAGGAAGCUGAGGCCAUUGGGAGAGGGUGCUUGCCAGCCUGCCUUCCCGGGCCAGCAGCAGUGCAGCUGGGGAAGUCCCAAGACUUGAACUAUAUAAUCCCUGAGUCAGUAGUAAUUUCCCCCUAAAGACAGCCUCACCAUGUGUGGGGGACUGAUUGAGAGGUAUGUGGCUGCCAUGGUGCUGAGCGCCGCAGGAGAUGCCUUGGGGUACUUCAACGGGAAGUGGGAGUUCCUCCGAGAUGGGCAGAAGAUUCACCAGCAGCUGGCCCAGCUUGGUGGCUUGGACACCAUAGAUGUGGAGAAGUGGAGAGUCAGCGAUGACACUGUGAUGCACCUGGCCACGGCAGAAGCUCUUGUGGAAGCUGGGGAAAUCUCAGACUUGGAUGGACUGUAUUCCCUCCUUGCUAAGCAUUACCAGGACUGCAUGGAAGACAUGGAUGGCCGGGCACCAGGUGGUGCCUCGAUGCAGAAUGCCAUGCUGCUGGAGCCAGACAAAGCCAAUGGCUGGAGGAUUCCCUUUAACAACCAUGAGGGGGGCUGUGGGGCUGCCAUGCGAGCCAUGUGCAUCGGUCUCAGGUUCCCUCACCCCAGCCAGCUGCACACUCUGAUCCAGGUGAGCAUCGAGAGCGGCCGAAUGACCCACCACCACCCCACCGGCUACCUGGGAGCCCUUGUGUCUGCUCUUUUUACAGCCUAUGCUGUGAAUGGCAAGCCUGUCUGGCAGUGGGGAAAAGGACUGAUGGAGGUGCUACCAGAAGCUAAAAAGUACAUUGUCCAAUCUGGCUACUUUGUGGAGAAGAAUCUUGAGCACUGGUCCUACUUCCAAGACCAAUGGGAAAAGUACCUAAAACUUAGAGGGAUUUUGGAUGGCAAAUCAACCCCUACCUUCCCCAAGCCCUAUGAUGUGAAGGAGAGGGAUCAGUUCUACACGUCUGUGAGCUACUCUGGCUGGGGCGGCAGCAGUGGACAUGAUGCCCCCAUGAUUGCCUAUGAUGCCGUCCUGGCUGCAGGAGACUCCUGGAAGGAGCUUGCCCACCGAGCCUUUUUCCAUGGUGGAGACAGUGAUUCUACGGCUGCCAUUGCUGGCUGCUGGUGGGGAGUUAUGCAUGGUUUUAAAGGAGUGAGUCCCUCCAACUAUGAGAAACUAGAAUACAGAAACCGGCUGGAAGAAGUAGCUAGGGCCUUAUAUUCUCUGGGGUCAAAGGAAGAUACCGUAAUUACCCGUUAGGGAGAGAUGAUGUUCAUUUCUGGUGGUUUCUUCUCUGGUGUAGUCCCUUUUCUGCUCAGUUUCUUCUCACUUUUUCCAAAGAGUCUUAACCUUAUACUCAGGGAAUUUUGAGAUAAGUCCCUUGGGCACCUGAAACUCAGUUUUCCCCAGAUCAUUCUGUUCUGCCCGAAUCUAUCCAUCUUCCUAUCCUGAAGAGUCUUUAUCUCAGUUGAUGGAGUCAGCAUCUCCCAAGUAGAAAUCUCAUAGCCUCCUAUUUCAUCAGCUCAUCUUUCACUAAGUUUUUUUGUUUUUUCAGGUUGGGUUCCCCACAAAGUGGACUCUGAGACAAGGAUUUGAGUACAAGUAGUUUAUUUGAGAGGUGAUUCCAGGGAGUGCUGGUAGGACCAUGGGGAAGUGAGGCAGGGAAGGGAGGGGAGACGGUACAAGGUGCUGUAAUGAGCAGGUUACCACUGUCAGCAACUGGGGCUUAGUCCAUGUGGAUCCUCGUUGUAAGGCAUUCCUCACGGCUGUCUCCCCUGAGGGACAAGCAAACCUGGGGUAUUUAUCCACCCACUUCCACCUGACAUUGGCUGUCCUCACUACUAAGUCCCUGGUGCUCCUUAGCCUGCCUCUUGUGCAAGCCAAACACUAACGUCUUCAGGUAAAGACUCAGAGAUGCUUGCAGUGGCCAGCUGUAAGGUGUAUGAGAACAGCGAGCUGAAUAUAUAGGGUUCCAGCAGAAUCUGCUAGAUGAUUCUAUCUCCUAAAUAUCCUUUCAAUCUAUCCCCUCUUUUACCUUUUUGCACCAAGUAUUUUUCACUUGGGUUUCUGCCAUCCAGGCUACUCAAGUCUGGGAGAUGCUGCUCCUGGGCUUGGCGCUUAAUGUGUUACUAGCUUGUCGUUGCCUCUUUACUUGUCUUUAUUCUCCUCUAGACAGAACCUAGCACACAGGAAAUAUGCAACGAGUAUAUAUUACACGAAUGUUGUUCAUUCACCUCCUAUCUCAGCCUUGCUUUCUUCAUUCCCCUCCAGAGUUAUCUUUACAGAUAACAAAUGGAUCAUGCUGAACUUCUGAUCAUGUUAACUGAGUACAUCACCCUCUCUCUUCAUUUUUAUACUCUUCCUGCUCCUUUUUCACCU